AUGAUAGAUUUCUGUACCGGUUUCUUGGUUUUCUUAAUUUUUUCCAUUUUUGUCUACCUCAAAAAAUUGUUUACACCACCAAGCAUCAAACCAAAACCAGCGAUUCAAAAAAAGGACUACAAAAGAGAUACAGUAUACCUUUAUCAGUAUGGACGACUCAAAAAUUGUCCAAGUUUGUCGCCGUUUUGUAUGAAAAUCGAGAUUUUAUGCAGGAUUCAUAAAAUUCCAUAUGAGAUAGUCGAAUGCACAACGAUGCGAUCCAGAAACGGACUUUUACCAUUUAUCGAGUUGAAUGGAGAGCAUAUUGCUGAUUCAGCUCUAAUUGAAAUGCGUCUGAAAUCUCAUUUCAAGAUUCCGUCCCUUCCAGCCGAGCUGGAAACUCAAUCAGUUCUCUUGAGCAAGUUUGCAGAUCAUCAUCUUUUCUUCCUUCUGAUCCGCUUCAAAACCGCCGUUGACGCAUUCUAUGAGACACUUCUGAAUGGAUUCGGAUCUCCAAAAUAUUUGAAUUUCAUUUUUGUUCCAAUUCUGAAGGCAAUCGUUGGAAAAGCAGUUUAUAAUAAAUGUGCUGGUGCAAUUGGAGAUUUCGAAUUGAAGGAAUUGGAUGAAUUUUUGCAUAAGGAUUUGGAAAUUAUUCAGAAUACGAUGAAGGGAAAAUUCUUGUUUGGAGAUAAGAUUACAGCGGCCGAUGCUACCGUAUUCAGUCAAUUGGCUACCGUAUACUACCCAUUCCACAAUCAUAAUUGUGAUGUUAUCAAUAAGGAUUUCCCGAAAAUUCUGGAAUAUAUGGAGAGGGUCCGAAAGGAAGUUUAUCCCAAAGAUUUCACAUUGUAA